AUGCUAGUAAUGUAUCGUAUUCGUGGACCACUCAAAUCACUACCACAGCGGCGCAUCUUCUCUGAGGCCUUCAACUCGCCCUUACCAGACAUAUCAUUUUCUCAAAUUUCAAUGGACCAUACUCUGGAUUAUCGAAGAUUGUUAGAGGAAACUACUUCCCCGGAAAACUUCAACCAACAUCACGCUACCCUUGGAUUCGGACAUAUCUACUGCAUUUCUCUGCCGAAUCGGAAAGACAGGCGUGAAACGAUGACCAAGAUUUCCGCCGCUCUUGGCGUCAAAAUCACAUUUGUCGAUGCGAUAUCUAAGGACCACCCAGUAAUAGGAUGGAUUGGAGAGCGGGCCUCCGAAGUUCGCAAGAAAAAACUUGAACUGAUGUCUCGAUAUAGCGGCUUGGAGAAAGAAAGCAUCGGGGGCAUGGGUGCUGGAUCAGUCUGGCUGACGGUGAACAAUGGACAUACGGCGAACCAGAACUCUCUGCGGAACAUCAAACUUCCUUCUCUUGCAGCAGCGCGUCCAGAAUUUGAUGGUAAAGACUGGGUUGAGUAUCUUUGGUCAGUUUCCGAUCACUACACCUUGACAAGCAGCAACCCGGAUUUCAACAUUACAGCUGAAAUGUGGGAUCCUCAAGAAAAAAUGCUUCAAAGACAAAUUAAUCCGGCAACAGUUUCAACUUAUUACAAUCAUCUACGGGUCCUUCUCAUGAUCCAAGAAAGUGGAGAAGAUAGCGCGUUAAUUUUAGAAGAUGACGUGGAUAUGGAAUGGGACCUGGAACGUCGAUGGAGAUCAAUCGAGAGGCAUUUGCCCGUGGACUGGGAGACAGUAUUCUUAGGUCAUUGCUGGGGCCAUGAACUUAUUCGUGAGUCAGAUGAUAAGGUACUGACUAUUAUGGGCUGUUGUACAGACAAUAAGCUGACAGCGUUCUCUCCAGAGCCCCAAUUCGGUCACCCUAACCUCCACAAAUCUACCGAACCGCUUUGCUUGCAUGGCUAUGCCGUGUCAUCUCUUGGAUCGAAAAAGCUUCUGGAGCUUUACAACGAUCCCUGGACUUCAUUUCAAACGCCAGUUGAUACUGCGAUUCCUACCUUUAUCAAGCUAGGAUUGAACUCGUUCUCAAUCGAGCCCACCAUUAUCAACCAAUCAAAAGUUUUACAAAGCGAUAUUCAAAGCGGUAAAGGAAGUAACUGGAAAGGAUUGUUGGUGGAUAGCGUAGCGGAAAGAAUCUUGAAAAGUGAAGGGAAAUGGGUGGAUAAAACGCUCAACCAGCAAGAUAGUAGAAACAAUAUCGAUCCUGCUACACUUUUUCGGUACAAGUCUUCUUCUAGCAAACCUCUCAAGGAUACCCAAUGCAAUAAGGACGUUUAA